UGUAUUGAAUAAUCUUAUUGUAAUAUUCUCCAUAAAUGAAUGAUAUGGGGACCGAAAGCGACAACUUAGAGAUAUAUGUAUUGGACGAGGUGAAUCACGAAAACGACUUCGUCUUGGAACAGAGCCGAUUUGCAAUCGAAUUGGAGUGGUGCCAACCAGCGAUUCUCUGCUCGUACAAGUCUCACUCCCACUUCCAAUCCCUUUCUGCUUUCCCAUUUGUUCGCAUAAUCGGUACCUUCAAUUCCCCUUUCUCAACUGUUUCCUUUUUAUCAGGAAUGUGGAAUUUUGCAUCAAAUUGUAUUGCUGGAAAUGCGGGACUGAAAAAGGAUUCUCCAAACCCAACUCAUUCCACUUCAGAAUGUUCUGAUGAUGAGACCUCUGUCGUAGGAAGAGAGGAAGGGCUUGAAUGCCCGGUAUGCUGGGAAUCAUUCAACAUUGUUGAAAACGUGCCUUAUGUUCUAUGGUGUGGUCAUACCCUCUGCAAAAACUGUAUCUUGGGACUACAAUGGGCUGUUGUGAAAUUUCCGACGCUGCCGGUUCAACUUCCACUUUUCAUCUCCUGCCCGUGGUGCAGCCUACUAUCAUUCCGUUUAGUUUAUCGGGGAAACCUUAGAUUCCCUCGCAAGAACUACUUUCUUCUUUGGAUGGUCGAGGGCAUGAAUGGUGAUCGAGUAAAAUCUCAUUCAACUUUCUGUGGGGAUAAUCAACAAAAUUGUACAAGCAGGGGCAAUUUAACCUUAGGAGGCCAAGUAAGCCAUAGCAACCUUCAGAGGGGGCAAGUUCACCAUCCAGAUACAUCGAGCUCCAGCCAACGUCAAGGUAAUACCAAUAAUUACCUCAAUAUGGAAAGAGCCCAUAUAUCUCUUCGAAAGUCACUGAUUUUCUUUGUCCAGUUGACAGCUAAGUUCCCAUUGAUCCUUAUAUUUCUUUUGAUUAUCUUGUAUGCAAUACCGGCCAGUGCAGCCAUUUUGGCUAUGUAUAUACUCGUUACAAUUCUCUUUGCACUCCCAUCAUUUCUUAUCUUGUACUUCUCAUAUCCUAGCUUAGACUGGCUUGUCAGGGAAAUCGUUGCUUGAGAUCAUCAUAGGCUAAUUUUACCGCACUCUGUUCCAUGAUUUGCCACCGAUCCUUUAGUCCUUUACAAGCUGUGUCGAUUCUCUUCCAACAUACAGCAUUGCUCAAUUUUAUAUAGUAAUAUACGACUCGAUCUUGAGUUCAGCUAUGGUGGAGUUUGACUGGUUGGUACUGGGUAGGUACAAAAUCAGUUUUUGGCACUAAUACUGUUGAUACCAACCAAGACUGUGGAAUAGGGUGAUGAUAAUGCCUGUGCCGUAUUUCUGAAGGCUAAUAUUUGUUUGACUCAAUUCCAGUUUCACUUGCGGACAAUCGCGGUACUUGGUGACUUCAUUUAUCAAUGUCAUGUCAUGUUUUGUAUGGUAUGGAUAUUUCUUAUAAUUCAGCUUAAAGUUCUAUGUUUGUAAAUUGUAUAUAACAACUGUGUUGUUUGGCUAGUACAUUUGAAGUACUAUCUGCUUAAUUUGA